GAGGUUGAGGUCUGCAUAUUAUUAACAUGUUAUUAUUGAAGGUGUUUAGAUAUUGAUCCUGUAUUUCGUGUUAGUUACAAACUCGCGUCUUGGACACCCAGUUUAAACUGUACUCUUGUAUACACAUAUACGAGGGGGAAAUCUGAAAAAAAAAUGCCGAAAAGGAAGUCUCCAGAGGGUGCUGAUGACUCUACGAAAGUCACAAAGCAGGAGCCAACAAGAAGAUCCCAGAGGUUGUCAGCUAAACCAGCUCCGCCCAAACCUGAGCCUAAGCCCAAGAAGGCAGCCUCAAAGAAGCCAGCAGACGACAAGGCUGUGAAGGGCAAGAAAGGAGGAAAAGGGAAGAAGGAGGAGAAACCAGAGGACGUGCCAGCUGAGAACGGAGAAACCAAGAUCGACGAGGAAACUGAGACAGCUGAGCCAGCAGCUGAGGAGAAAGAAUGAGUGAAGCAUCUUACAUGAACUUUUAGUUGAUUUUAUGCACCUCUUGUACAAUGGGAAAGAAGGAUAUUUUUUAUCAAGUAUUUUGUAAAUGCUAAUUUUUUUAGACCUGUGGUAGUGGGAUUAACCAGUAUACACUGUUCAUACUUCUACUUCUAUCAAGCCUUCUUCCUUCAGCAGUAGCUUCUCUUCUUUACCUGGCCUCAUCAUUUGCAGGCUUGUUUUUCUUUUCGCCACCUGGAACACAGCACAAGAUGUGGGUAGCAUAUUCAAAGAUGGCCAAAAAUACGGGGCAGGGCAGUCUUGGGUGGUGAUCACAGCGGAUUUAACACCAGGAGGAUCAGAUGCAUUUGGCCUAACGCUGAUGUCAUGCGUAGCCCAGAUUGUCAAACCACAGUGCAUUUUGUCCUUAACUUUGAGUAAUGACUUUAAGCAAGUGUUAUGUUUUCAUAUGCG